AUGGCCUUUUUUCCAGUUACCGCAUCAGACACAGAAAUAGUGGCAUGUCCUGAGCCAGAUUUAGCAACAUUCGACAAUGAAGCCUGUACAGAUUACGAUACCGACUGGACACCUAUGACUGUGGAGUCUGCCGUGACCCAAGGAAAGCACCUUCGAGAAUGCAAACCGUCAUGCCCGAAUGAAAAUGAUAUUCAAAUCUGCGUCGACUAUAUAAAACCUUGUGCGGUAAAGAAGCAGAGUUACAAGAAAUUCCAUCAAAGACCAUGUUACGACGUUUACAACAACCGAUGCCCGCCUUGUCCGCCAUGCGGAUGUUGUCCUCAAGCAAGUACAGUAAAGUCUUGUAAAAAAUCUAAGGCAUGUUUGGCUCAACACAAACAAUGCCCCCUGAGGAUUAUGGAAUUGGCUGCCCCUUCAAAGAGACACUGUCUGGACACGUGGCGAUGCAAAUCACAUAUCCUUCCCGAUAUUAUGGUGGAAAGGAUUCGCCAACAUGUAAUGGAUGAAAAGCCCUUAGUGCAAAUUCCAGAUGCUAUAAAUUGUUUUAAAAAGCGUGUCUCAAAAAAAAGUUCAAGUGCCAGGAGCUGCAAGUCCAGAAUAAGUGACGCAUGCAUGGCAGACAUGAGAAAGUUUAGUGCAAUAUUUGCAUAUUGUGUGGCACAAAAAUUAGAAAAACCUCUUAACAUAACACUAAACCCGCAGCUGGAAAAAAUAUCCAGAGUGGUCUCUUAUGAAAUUUCCUCAGUGACCAAGAAAAAUAGUAAGAAAUCAUGUACUAAAAAUAAAAAAAAUAAGUUUGAUAAAAAAAUACAAGAUGAAAUAUCAAGAAAGAUAACAGCUUGGAUAGACAAUGUUCUCGUCGAUACGUCAGACAAACUUUUAGAAGAUGACUUAAGGGAACUUGAAGAAAUUGCGGGUCCUGUCUUAGAUAUUAUCGAUGAUUUAAUAGAAAAUGCAGUGUUUAUUUGCGAGCCCGUUGAAGAAUAUACCAACGCAGACAUACAAGGAAACAAUUCCACGGCAGAUCUAGAGUCUGAACAAUCUGCAACCUUUACUGAUAAUGAUGAACACGAAGUAAAGCAAGCUAGUGAAGCAGAUGAAGAUGUGUUUACUUUAUCAAUAGAAAAAACAAAUGAAUCAAUUGAAGUCGAUGAAGAACAAAAUGAAUCAAUUGAAGCCGGUGAAGAACAAAAUGAAUCAAUAAAAGCCGAUGAAGAACAAAAUGAAUCAAUAAAAGCCGAUGAAGAACAGACUAAACCGGACUUAGAAGUCACCGAUGAAUAUACUGAUUUAGCAAUAGAAAACUUAAAUAUUUCACCUGAUGGUUUUGUGGCUGUGAGGGAUGCUUUAAAUACCGAAACCGAAGACUUGAGUGGAGAAAUAGCUAACGUGAGUGAAACAUUUAAGAAAUAUUCAGAAGAAUCACUUGAUGAAAAGAAUCUAACAGUGAAAUUUUCCAACAUAGAUCAGGUUCGAGGAUUAGAAGUUUCUGAACAAAAAAAAAUAAAUAUGAAUGAAAAUGAAGGAAGAAUACAUUCGAUUAGCAAACAAAAUAAUAUAAUGUUCGCGCCUCCCAAUGACCAUUUACUUAGUGAUGCGGAUGAGAUUUGGCCUGACGAUGUUCCUAAAAUAUCUAAAAAACCUAGUGCUGUUGUCAGUAAAUCGAUAACAACUCUUGGAUAUCUUGAUGAAAAUGAGGAGAAAAAGAUAUCUGAAGUGAAUGAUGAUGUUAAAAAGGCAACGCCAGACAUUGAAAAACCUAAUGAUGUCACAAUAAUUGGUGAUGCUAUAAAUAAUUUACCUAAAACCGAAACAGAAGAAAUAGAAGUUAAACAAACCAUUUUAGGCAAUGUGAAAGGAGAUUCGGUUAUGGCACAUGAAUCUUCUAAAUUUACUACAGAGAAAAUUGAACAUAUUAAAUCAACAAUUUUGGAUCAAUCACUAUUGGAAGAUGAUGAAAUAAUGGGUGAAAUGAAAGUGGACUACAAAGUGGAUGCUAGAACUGCUCCAUCGUGGGUUUUGACAGAUCACUGCAACAAAGGUUCUGGGGAGCCUAAAGAAUUAAUUCAACACCAUGUAACCAAAGAUCAAAACGAGUUAUGCGAGAGAGUCUUACGGAUUUGGAUCAAAAAUUUAAACAUUAUGUAUAUGAAUCUUCAAAUUUGGCAUGAUUGGAUAAAUAUUACAUGUAAAAAUAUCAGAUAUGUCAGGCGAAAAUCAGAAUGUAAUAAAUUAAACAGAGCAAACGCUUGUCGGCAAAGGAGCCGAUACUGCUGGACAAAGUUAUAUAGAUACAUCCAUAAAGAUUCAAAAUUUUGGUUAAAUUUCAAACACAGUGAAAGAAAGAGAUUGAAAAAAUACAGAUACAUCUACAGGCAUAAAACUAAGCACAAUGGAAUUUCAAGCAAAUGCAAAUGCAAAACUAUGGGAAACUAGUUUUACCCUCAGCUUCGCAUAAAUUUAACCCGCCCGCCGCAUAUAAAAGAAUACAGGUAUUUCGCAAAUCGCGCGGGAUUUUUAGUUUUUACCAGGAUGAAAGGUAUGUAAGCCUGUGACCUUCUUCGUAAUCCACACUAAAUGUAUGCAAAAUUUGAUGCAG